AUGGCUACUGCCCAUAUUUACGUCGUACAGGGUUGCGAUGCAUCGUUACUGAUAAACUCCACUGAGGCGGAGAAAGACGCUGGUGCAAGAGUACGAGGAUUUGAUUUCAUCGACAAGGUGAAGGAAAGGCUUGAAGCAGCGUGCCCUUCCACGGUGUCAUGUGCUGAUAUCAUAACACUAGCCACCAGAGACGCCGUGGCUCUGGCCGGAGGACCCAAAUAUGAGGUUCACACCGGGCGACGUGACGGGCUCGUCUCUAGAAGCAGGGAGGUUGCUUUGUCAGGACCAGGUAUCUCAGUGCAGAAUCUUGGAUUUCUUUGCCAGGAAGGGAAUCGGACGACAAGACAUGGUGAGCCUUAUGGGUGGACACACGGUGGGAAAGGCGUUUGUAUUGUCACUGCCGUUGCAUCUGACACUGCUCAGUUUCAGCAAAGCUUCGCUGAUGCAAUGGUCAAGAUGGGUAGAAUUCAAGUUCUGGUUGGUAAUGCUGGAGAAAUUCGUAAGAAAUGUAGUGCUUUAAACAAUUAA